GUGUUCAUACAGGUGCACCCCGGUCCCCUCCUUCACUCUGCUGAGCUUUGGCUUUGAGGAUCUUUACUCAACACUUUCCAAAGGCAUUCGGUAUUGCCAUUUUCUUUGGACAAACAGUCCCCCACAGGAUGGCGGUGAAUUGGCUCGGACUUGUGUCCAUAGGAGUGUUUUACAUCAUCGUAAUGGGCACAGGCAUCUGGGCGUCCAGGAGGUCCAAACGUGAGGAGAAGAAAUGCUCCGGGAAGCGCAGUGAAGUUGCAAUGGUUGGAGGGAGGAACCUAAAUAUCUUCGUCAGCAUCUUUACAAUGACAGCCACUUGGGUGGGAGGUGGCUAUAUUCUGGGUAGUGCUGAAAUGAUCUACAAUCCAACAAAGGGCUUGAUGUGGGCCACCGGACCUCUUGCCUUCUCUAUAAAUCUAAUUAUAGGUGCACUAUUCUUUAUCAAACCUAUACGGUCGAAAAACUACGUCACCCUGAUGGAUCCAUUUCAGGAGAAGUACGGCAACAAAGUGUCUGCUGUGCUCUUCAUUCCCGCUCUCUUUGGGGACAUCCUGUGGAUUGCUUGUACUCUGGGUGCACUGGGAGGGACGGUGAGCGCGGUGGUGGAUAUCCACUCAUCUCUGGCUGUGUGCAUUUCUGCUGCUGUGGCCGUAUUGUACACGCUGAUGGGAGGAUUUUACUCGGUGGCCUACACAGACGUCAUCCAGCUGUUCUUCAUUAUCGUCGGCUUGUGGUCCUGUGUGCCUUUUAUUCUGGCCAGCCCCUCCUCUGCUAACUUCACUGCUGCUGCAGUCACCAAGCUGCACCAGGCACCGUGGAUCGGCAGGCUAGAGCUGGAGGAUGCAGGUCGCUGGGUGGACGACAUACUGCUGCAGGCCAUUGGAGGGAUAUGCUACCAGGCUUUCUACCAGAGGGUUCUGUCCACAGCGACUGAUGGCCAAGCUAAGAUCACCUGCUACGCUGCAGCCAUAUUGUGCCCAAUCCUUGGCAUCCCGUCACUCCUCAUUGGAGCAGCGGCUGCAUCCACCAACUGGAACCAGACCAGCUACGGUUCACCCAGCCCGUAUGAAGAAGGCAAAGCUGGCAUGAUCCUACCCAUCGCCCUUCAGUAUCUUUGCCCUUUCUACAUUUCUCUGCUCGGUAUAGGAGCACUCACUGCUGCUGUGAUGUCAUCCGUCGACUCUGCACUCCUGUCCGCCGCCUCCCAACUGGGCCGAAACAUCUUCAAGAACAUCAUCUACAAAGGGGCAUCAGAAAGACUGAUUCUCAUUGCGGUCAAAGUGUCGGUGGUGCUGUGUGGGAUAGCUGGAGCCGGCCUGGCGAUGAUGACCACAUCCGUUCAGCUAUUGUGGAUCGUCAGUUACGACGUGAUGUAUUGCAUGAUGGCUCCUCAGGUGAUAUGCAUGUUCUACCUGUCUCAGCGGGUGAACCACUUCGGGGCCUGCACCGGCUUCGUGUUGGCGCUGCUGCUGAGGGCUUUGGUUGGAGAAUCCCCCAUCGGCCUUCCCGACCUGCUGCCCCUGCCGUGGGACAAGAUCCAGGAGGACGGCACCCGAUACCGCCUGUUCCCCUUCCGCACCGCGAUCCUGCUCAUCACCCUCGGCUCUGUUCUCCUGGUGUCACGCCUCGCCGAGUGCCUGUCUAAGAAGGGGAUGCUGGAAAGUGGAGCUGGAACAGACGCUCCAUGUCAGGAGAUGAUCCCCAUGAAUAAAGAGCAGACUCACUCCUAACAUUUUCACAGCCUGCUGGUGACUUUACUUCACUCUACAAUAAGACCACCCUCAUAAAGUGUUUACGAAUAGUUUGUAAUUCCUUUAUUUAUUAAGUUGUGAACUCUUUAUAAAUCGUUAAUAAGAUUUUAUAUGACAAAAAAUAAACAGGGCCACAGUGACUGCUUGCCAAAUAGUGAGCCCACAUUUAACUGUACUUUAAGCCUUAUAUUGGCUACUUAGCUCAAAGUGGGGGUGGGGGGAAUCAACUCAGUGAACAACAGAUACCCAGGAUACUGGCUGAUGAAGAAG